AUGGAGCCUGUGGGAGCGCUGUUGGAGUCGAGUUGGAGCUCAUUCAGCUCAGAAAUGGUGCCCGACGAGUCCGAGCUGCUGGCCCAAGUCCUUGGUGGCUACACUUUCUCCAGUGAGCAGGAGCAAGAUCCAAGCAUGUUGAUGCAAUCUUUGAUUUGGUCUGAUCAGGGAAUUGAUCCAUAUUAUGAAUCUCUAGAUGUCAAUACCAAUAUGUGCUUUAGGCCUAUGGAGAAUAUCUGUAAUUUUAAUGAUUUCUGCUGCUCAAACAUUCAGACUUCAGAAUAUGAAAUAGACUCUAAUAUGAUGCCAACAACUGGAAUGAGAUCUGAAUCAAUUCUAUUGGAAAUGGAAGAAGAGAGCAUCAAAACUGCAUUGAGUAAGAAAUCACAAGGGAAGAGAAGGAUUCGAGCCCACGAAAAUACCAUUGAUUCUAUCACUAUGGAGAGCUCUUCUAAGAAGAAGAUUAGAGCUUCAUGGCAGGUCUGUGCCGAAACUUGUUUGAGUGGCAGAAAGAGUUUUAAGUCUAAUAAAGCUGAUAAGAUUGAUGAAGUUGGAGAAGAGGAAGUGGGCUAUGGUUAUGCUCCUAUUGUGCAAAGUUCCAACUGCUACUGCUCUGAAGAUGAGGCUAACACUUCACAAGAGUUGAAUGGAGAUGGCACGAGCACAAGCACGAGUACGAGCACAAGCACGAGGCCCAAGGGAUUGAUGUCUCGGAACACGAAUGAAACGAUUAGAGCGGGUAGGGGUUCAGCAACAGAUCCACAGAGUUUGUAUGCAAGGAAAAGGAGGGAAAGGAUCAAUGAGAGAUUGAAGAUACUGCAGAAUUUGGUCCCAAAUGGAACCAAAGUAGACAUCAGCACAAUGCUGGAAGAAGCAGUUCAGUAUGUCAAGUUUCUGCAGGUUCAAAUUAAGCUUUUGAGCUCAAAUGAACUGUGGAUGUACGCACCAAUAGCUUACAAUGGGAUGAACAUAGGCAUUGAUCUAAUGAUGUCUCCUUCAUUGAAAAUUGGCUAAGCAUUUCUUGUUGUAUGCAGCACUUAUAUAUAAGAUGGUGUAAGGAGUUUAUAUACUAACAAAUAAGCUCCAUAUUGUAAUGGAUAAUGAACUUUAAGAAUUGUC